GUGGGAACAGCCAAGAAGAGCAGAGGAAAAGGAGAGACAAACACAAUGCGAGCGAGACACGUUAGGUGGGAGGCUGGGCUUUAAAAGCAGACUCAGGAUUGCAAACCUAUGGAACUGGAGAGGGCCGAAAGAGAAAGCGAAGGGCACCGGCUGCUCCACGGCAUAAACGGGCUGAGGCAAAGAAGUCAUCUGCUGCAUUACUCCUGCUGCCAGAGAUCCUCUUCCCUAGCUGAAGGGCUGAUACUAAAGGAUGAAAGGAUUCAUGAUGGAAAUGUGGUAGCAAGGUGUCAAGCAACCUUCCUGGAAUGUGUUUCUUCAGGAAGAAAAGAGAUCACUGCCUUAUUUUAUGGAUGUCACUGAAGUAGACUUUGAAGUUCUUCAGAAGCACAUCACAAACUUGGCAUGGGAAACCACAGCAACAAUCAUACCUGUUUGACAGAUGAUUCCUUUAAAUACAACUUGUAUGGAGCCGUGUACAGCGUGGUCUUCAUCCUUGGUUUGAUUACUAACUGUGCCUCCCUCUUUGUUUUCUGCUUUCGGAUGAAAAUGCGAAGCGAAACAGCCAUUUUCAUGACAAACCUGGCUGUUUCAGAUUUGCUUUUUGUGUUCACUUUGCCUUUUAAAAUUUUUUAUAAUUUCAACAGGCAUUGGCCUUUUGGAGAUAGCCUGUGCAAGAUUUCUGGUACAGCAUUUCUCACUAACAUCUAUGGCAGCAUGCUGUUUCUCACCUGCAUUAGUGUUGACCGUUUCCUUGCUAUCGUCUAUCCAUUCCGAUCUCGCACCAUUAGGACCAGGAAAAAUUCUGCCAUAGUCUGUGCUGGUGUUUGGAUACUGGUCCUCAGUGGUGGAAUUUCAGCUUCAUUGUUCUCCACAACCAACAUUUCCAACACCAGCACAACCUGUUUUGAAGGUUUUUCGAAGCGUAUUUGGAAAACCUAUCUGUCUAAGAUCACUAUAUUUAUUGAAGUGGUAGGAUUCAUAAUUCCUUUGCUACUCAACCUUACAUGCUCUUCUUUAGUUCUCAGGACUCUACGGAAACCUGCCACCUUGUCUCAGAUCGGGACAAACAAAGAGAAAGUAUUGAAAAUGAUCAUUGUGCACGUGGCCAUUUUCGUCGUGUGCUUUGUGCCUUACAAUUCCAUACUCUUCUUGUAUGCUCUUGUGCGGUCCCAAGCGAUAGCAAAUUGCUCCUUGGAGAGGUUUGCGAGGACAAUGUACCCAAUCACAUUGUGCAUUGCAACACUGAACUGCUGCUUUGACCCCUUCAUCUAUUACUUUACAUCAGAAUCCUUCCAGAAGUCUUUCAACAUAAAAACCCAGAUAAAAAUGGAUUCUUUUUUCAAGACUGAGACACCUCUAACAAAGACUGCGCUACCAGCACCACAGGAUGAAAUAAGUGACCAGGCUAUUACGAAUGGAGGAGACCCAACAUCUGAAUCACAUUUCUAGUGAGAUGUUUACACAUGGAGUUAUCCUCCAUUAACUUCUGAUUAACACCAUGUGUGAAAUAGCUGUUUCAGAAUAUGUGGGUUCACACAUGGUGUUAAUGAAGAAAAGUUGCUGGGGGAAUAACUACACAGGUAGACAAACCCUUAUACUGGGAUGGUUCCAUCAGACG